AUGUUGCGCCGCCGCACGGGCAAGGACGAUGCCCCUUCCCGCGACGAUAGCAACAACAGACCCCGACUGAAUCGGAUUCAAACAGAAGAAGACAAGCUCCGCGCUGAGUUUGAUGGUGCAAAGGUCAAGCAGCUGGUCAUCCGGCCACGAAGCAAACGGCGCAAUGGAUUGAUCUUUGUUUUGGGUGGGCUGUUCGGCAUCUUCAUUGCCUUGUUCUUCGCGAAUCAACAAGAGGUCAUUUCCUUGGACUCUCUGAUGGACUUGAACCUUGAAUCGUUGAUCGAUGUCAUUCCUCAGGGGAUUGUGCGUGAUGCGAAGGAGUUCUCGCAACACGAACGCGGUGCCGUCAGUUAUGAUUCGUUUUCGGUCGGCCUACACCUUCAAUCCCAGGGAGUCAAAGCCAAACACCCUGUCGUGAUGAUUCCCGGAGUCAUUUCGACCGGUCUGGAGAGCUGGGGAACAGGAACCUCUUCGCGCCAGUAUUUCCGCCGGCGGCUCUGGGGCAGCUGGACCAUGAUGCGGGCACUGGUGAUGGACAAGGCGGAAUGGAAGAACCACAUCAUGCUCGAUCGGGAGACGGGUCUCGACCCGCCUGGCAUUAAGCUACGCGCAGCGCAGGGAUUCGACGCCACGGACUUCUUUAUUACGGGAUACUGGAUUUGGAAUAAGAUUCUCGAGAACUUGGCGACCAUCGGCUACGACCCGACCAAUGCGUUUACUGCAGCUUACGACUGGCGGCUUUCGUAUCCCAAUCUCGAAGUCCGGGACAAGUACUUCAGUCGGCUGAAGUCCUAUAUUGAAACAGCAGUGGAGGUACAGGGCGAGAAGAUCACCCUGGCAUCUCAUAGUAUGGGCUCGCAGGUGGUGUUGUACUUCUUCAAAUGGGUGGAAAGCGAAGAUCAUGGCAAGGGGGGCAAGGAUUGGGUCAAUAAGCACAUUGACUCGUGGGUGAAUAUCAGCGGGUGCAUGCUUGGUGCCGUCAAGGGAUUGACGGCCGUGCUGUCUGGCGAGAUGCGUGAUACCGCACAGCUGAAUGCCUUCGCCGUAUACGGACUGGAGAAGUUUCUGUCCAAAGAGGAGCGUGCAGAGAUCUUCCGUGCUAUGCCCGGUAUCUCCAGCAUGCUGCCGAAGGGCGGCGAAGCCGUUUGGGGCAACGCAACCUGGGCCCCCGACGACCAGCCCGGGCAGGCCGUCAGCUUCGGGAAUUUGCUGAAUUUCCGCGAGACCAACUCGUCCUGGACGAGCCGCAAUCUCACCACGUCCGAGAGUCUGCAGUACCUGCUGGACCAGAGUGAGGAUUGGUACCGAGACCAAGUGCUCGGCAGCUAUUCGCACGGUGUAGCGCAUACCACGCGCGAAGUGGAAGCGAACGAGAAAGACCCCCGAACGUGGCUCAACCCGCUCGAGGCGCGGUUGCCACAUGCACCUGAUAUGAAGAUCUACUGCUUCUAUGGUGUUGGUAAGCCGACGGAGCGCAGCUACUUCUACCAGGAGGAGCUUGACCCGCUGGUCAACCUCAAUGUCAGCAUUGACACCACUGUCACCAUUAACGAGAACAUCGAUCACGGCGUCGUGAUGGGCGAAGGAGAUGGUACCGUCAACCUCCUCAGCACGGGCUACAUGUGCGCCAAGGGCUGGCACAUCAAGCGGUAUAAUCCCGCUGGCUCGAAAAUCAAGGUCUUCGAGAUGCCCCACGAGCCCGACCGCUUCUCGCCCCGAGGUGGACCAAACACCGGCGACCACGUUGACAUCCUUGGCCGCGCCUCCCUUAACGACCUCAUUCUCCGCGUUGCCGGCGGUAAAGGCGACCAAAUCGAAGAGACCUUCAUCUCGAACAUCCGCGAGUACGCUGAGCGUGUACAGAUCUUUGACGAAUAA